GACUAUAAACUUAUCGAAGCUUGUUACAAAAAAAAAAAAAAAAACUUAUCGAAGCUAAAUCCAUAAAUUCGAAAACCUCAAGGACUUAAUCUCCAAAUCCUCGAUUUCACUUUCCUUCCCAAGUAAGUUUCCCAGAUUUUGAUCACAGAAAGGGUGUAGACGAAGAAGAAGACGAUGAGGAGAGUUUUCGGCGCGAAAAAAAACACAGAACCAGCUCCUUCCAUCCAAGACGCCUCGGAUCGGAUAAAUAAAAGAGGAGAAUCAGUGGAGGAUAAGAUAAAGAAGCUUGAUGUUGAGCUCUGCAAAUACAAAGAACAGAUUCAGAAGACGAGGCCUGGUCCUGCUCAACAAGCUCUCAAAGCUCGUGCUAUGAGGCUUCUCAAGCAGAAGAAAAUGUAUGAAGGACAACGUGACAUGCUUUAUAAUCAAACAUUUAAUUUAGAUCAAGUCUCUUUCGCUGCUGAAGGACUCAAAGAUGCUCAACAAACUAUGACGGCAUUAAAAUCUGCUAAUAAGGAGUUGAAAGGGAUGAUGAAAACCGUACAGAUUCAAGAUAUUGACAAUUUGCAAGAUGAGAUGAUGGAUCUGAUGGAUGAUAGUUCUGAGAUUCAAGAAACGCUUGGUAGGAGUUAUAAUGUUCCUGAUGGGCUUGAUGAAGAUGAUCUCAUGGGAGAGCUUGAGGCUCUUGAAGCUGAUAUGGGAGACGAGACAGAAGCAGAUGGAAUGCCUUCUUAUCUCCAGCCUGAUAAGCAAAGUGAUUACGAUGAUGAACUUAACUUGCCUCCAGUACCUACUAGACCUACACAGGGUCGUGUUCAGGCGGAGGAUGAGUUUGGAUUACCGGCGGUGCCACGAGCUUCUCUCCGGGGAUAAGUUAUCUGGCGAUUUUCUUUGUGGAGUGGAGCUAUUAAGCUCUUUUUUUAGGCUUAGGCUUCUAAUCACUUUGUUCAUAACAUUUGCAACUUUUCUUUUGGCUAUGUGAUGGAUUUACUUUUACAAUAAUUGCGUGUUAUGGAUGGCUCUUUUCCUCUCGAAUUAGCUCCCAUAUGGUUUUGCUAGUGAAAAGGAGGAGCUAGCUUAAAAUUUUAUACAUUGUUGUGAAAUAUAUAGGCCUUUCAUGUUACUAACAAAUUUAAUUCAUUGGGAC